AUGAGCUACGUUGAAUUGGACGACUUGGGCGACCACCACAAGUCAACUGAGCUUAGCCAGCCGUUCCUCGGUGAACAAGUUGAGCUUGGUGAGCAGCCUAAGUCUGGGACAUCAUCGCUUUCUCCACACCAACUUCACUUGAUUCUCUUGAAACUUGGAGUAAUUUCUGACUCAGUUACGCAUGUUCCUGUCGAGGAAACAUUAGAGUUUCUUCUGCCCGACACCCUCUAUAUGAUGGAACGGAUCACAAACAUCACCAUUGACGAGUCUUUGGGCAUUUUGCGAGAAGCACUAGUUGAACACAAUGGUGAUGUCAAUUUCUCAAAAGAAGACUACAAUUUUAUACACCAAUUGGUAGCGAUGAUUCCUCAAGAUUCCAGUCAAGAAAAUGUCUCGGAUUGGAAUUUACAAGUACGCAUUGAAGCCGCUCUUAUAAAGUACCAUUCACCAUACCCCGAAAUUCGGGCCAUCACAGACCCCACAGACGACCCCCAUAUUCCAGUUGCAACGAUCCGUGCGUACUCAAUUGGGCUAUUUUGGACAUUUAUUGGGUCCAUCAUCAACAAUUUUUUCGUCCACAGACUUCCUUCUAUAUCGCUUGGACCCCAUACGGUGCAAUUACUUCUUCUUCCCACCGGUAGACUUUGGGAAAAAUACAUGCCCGAGCAGAUCAAAGUGAAAAAUUGGACCCUAGAACUUAAUCCUGGACCCUUCACUGCCAAGGAAAUGAUGUUGAGCACCAUAAUGUACUCUUGUUCUGCUGGGACUCCAUACCUGAUAUACAAUAUUUUUGUGAUGAAACUUGAAAGGUUCUACAAUCUCAAGUGGGUAACACCAUUUUUUCAAGUUUUGCUCAUAGUUUCGACCCAAUUUUUAGGAUUUGGGUUUGCUGGAAUCAUGAGAAAAGUGUGUAUCUAUCCCAAGAUUGCAAUCUGGCCCACCAUACUUCCAACUAUAGCUCUCAACAGAGCACUCAUCACCCCAGAAUUACCCCACAGUCCUGCCAUCAAUGGGUGGAAAAUUUCAAGGUACCGGUUUUUUUUCGUCGUUUUCGUGGCCAGUUUUCUCUACAAUUGGAUCCCCUCAUACUUAUUCACAGCUCUUUCAUACUUCAACUGGCCCACUUGGUUCAAUCCCAAUCUGGUUCAUUUGAAUAAUAUUGCCGGAUUCAAGCAUGGUUUGGGUCUCAAUCCCAUACCUUCAUUCGACUGGAACAUGCUCAAUUCUGGUCUUUGUCUCACCUUGCCGUACUAUACCUAUGUCAACAGCUAUGCUGGAGCGUUCAUGGGCUUUUUUGUGAUUUUGGGAGUUUACUACACCAACAAUAAGUGGAGUGGAUAUUUUCCCAUUAAUUCCAACCAACUUUUCAACAACAAGGGUCAAGUUUACAAUGUUCACGACAUUCUAGACAGCAAGAAUGCCUUUGAUAGUGCCAAGUACAACAAGGUAGGACCUCCGUACUUCAGCGCUGCGAAUUUGGUGCUUUAUGGAGCCCAUUUCUGCCUUUAUCCUUUUGCAAUUUUGUACCAUUUUAUCACAGAAUGGGACUCGAUGAAGACCAGCUUUAUAAACGUGUGGGGUCUGGUGACGGACUUUCGUUCCACAGAUACUUUUGGAAAGUACAGAGAAGAUGCUCAUUGCAAAAUGAUGUCCAAAUAUGAAGAGGUUCCCAACUGGUGGUUUUUGUCCAUUUUAUGUGUGAGCGUUGUGUGUGCCAUAUUAUGUGUUUCGCUCUAUCCAACCGAGACACCGGUAUGGGGAGUUUUCCUCACCAUUGGCGUCAAUUUUUUGUUCCUAAUUCCCAUCACAGCAAUUGCGUCUGUUACCGGAUUCACUUUUGGGCUCAAUGUUCUCGUGGAACUUUUGGUAGGAUACUGUAUUCCCAACUCAGGCAUAGCCCUAAUCACCCUCAAGAGCUACGGCUACAAUAUAGACAGCCAGGCCAGCAAUUACAUCACCGAUCAAAAGAUAGCUCAUUAUGCCAAGAUUCCUCCACGGGCCAUUUUCAAGGGUCAAAUGCUAGCCACUGGUUUAAGUGUAGUGAUAGCGUUAAUUAUAGCCAACUGGCAAAUCAACAAUGUUGCGGAUAUAUGUGACAUUGACCAAAAAGACCGGUUUAGUUGUCCCGGCGCAAACACAUACUUUUACUCCAGUAUCCAGUAUGGAGAAAUUGGUCCAGCAAAAGUUUUCAGCGGUCUUUAUCCCCAGCUCAAAUGGUGCUUUUUGCUAGGCGCCGUGUUGGUCUUUCCCUGUGCUUGGCUCAAGAAGAAUCUUCCCACAAAAUUUUCGAGAUAUUUCCACCCAACGAUCAUCAUCGGAGGGUUCCUUUUGUAUGCCCCAUACAACCUCCUGUACUUUACUGGCGGGCUAUAUCUCUCUUAUUACUUCAUGUACCAUAUCAAGGGAAGGUACUUGCAAUGGUGGGAGAAGUAUAACUAUUUGUUAACCAGUGCUCUUUCGGCCGGAGUUGCGUUCAGUGCGUUGAUGAUUUUUUUCACAGUUCAGUAUAACGGCGACGAACUCAAUUGGUGGGGAAACAACGUGUCCAGUCAAGGCAUUGAGGGCGGAAAAGGGCAGGCAACUUGGCUCAAGCCGGAAAAUGCUCCUGAUGGGUAUAUUGGAUUAAGAAAGGGCCAUUUUCCAUGA